CUGUAUCUCCAGCAUCGGAGCCAGCUCAAGUCCUCGUGCUCAUCGUAGACGGCGCCUAGCAUGACGACUAUUCCUGCGCGCUUGGCGCAGACCACGCGCGUGAGCAGGUCGUGGGGAGAGGCCCAGGCUCGUUCGCGGACACUGUACCGGAACUGGUACCGCGCUGCCCCCGAGAUCUGUGCGCUGUAUGCGCUCGAUGUGCCCCCCUCAAAAGUCCGCGCGAAGGUACGCACCUGGUUUGAGGCCAACAAAAACAUCAAGGAUCUCGCCGUCGUCGACGUCAUGCUCUUCAAGGGUCAUGCAGAGUAUCAGGAGACCAUGAAUGCAUGGAAGCAAAUUCCGCAUAUCAUGAAGUGGUUCCGUGAAGAGGAGGCCAUCCCAACGCCGUCAACUUUCCUGGAACGCUUCUACGCAACGCGGGACGAGGGAAGGGGCCCGACAGCACGUGGCUUGUAGAGAUUGUGACCCAAACAAUAUACAGAGCUACACGAAA